GUUGCAUUUGGUCGUCGUACAUGGAUAAAGUUCUGGAGAAAGAGUACGAUGCAACAACAGCUCGGACAUUCGUGGAGAAGGUGGCAAUGGCGGCGAUGUUGGCUACGCGGGGCAGCGCGCUGCUUGUGCAUCGUAACUCGCACCUGGAGGACGAAGACAUGGCGCUCAUAGACGAAGUCAUGUCGGAGAGGCUCAUCCAACUUCGACGCGCAUCGUCGUCCGUGUCGUCGCCCAGAUCAGAGAGCGUAGACCACGCCGGCUGGUCUUGGUCCGCCACGGCCUCGUCAUGUCCGACGACUUCUUUCGACGAGGCCUCUGAGCGUGUGAACGACGACUGCGGCGAACUAUUAUCGAGUCAAAGCACGGUGGAUGACGUGGAGGCCAAGGCGAACUCGCGGUCGCACUUGACGCAUCCAACCUUGAGCAUGCUGGACAGCUCCGACAGCUUCACCAGCCUGGACGACUCCAAUGUGUCCACAACUUGCAACACGGCACCGCAACAGAGCACGGAAAUCCUAUACACGACCGCCAUCGCGGAAGUCGACGAAGGGAGCAGCGUCGACGGCCGACGAUCUUCGCUGUCGACAACCAAGUUUGUCGUGCGCAAAGGGUGGAUUGAAAAGUGCGGCCAGCGAUUCAAGACGUGGAAGUGGCGGUACUUUGAGCUGACGCGCGACGGGUGCCUCCGCUAUUACACAGCCGAGGACAAGACCGUGUGCAAGGGCACGAUCCACGUAGCCAAGACGACCAAGAACGACAUUGUGAUCCAAACCCACGUGAGCUCGCGCGAGUUCUUCUUCAUCCUGUCGACGCCACACCGAAACUACCUCCUCUCGACCGCCACGGAGCGCGCCAUGACGCGUUGGAUCCGUGCGCUUGAAAGCAUCGGUGCCCAAGCCGGACCUGGUCGGUGGGACCCCCUCCGCAACACGGUCCAUCUUACUGUCGACGACAACCAUCAACCUCACAAAUGGCGCGGCUACGAUGAUCCGCACGACGCGAAGACCAUGCCCAUGGCCGGUGUCUUGCUCAAGCGCGGCCACGUGCGGACAAAUUGGGUCCAGCGGUACUUCAAGCUCGAAAAGCUCGACCACCACCCCGUUCUUCGGUACUACUCGGACGGCGAUGGUCGAGCCACCCCCAAAGGCGCCAUCUCGCUGGUCAAUGCGUCCGUGAGCGCGGGCGUCCCGUUCUGCUGCGACGGUCGACGCAACUACUUUGUCGUGCUCAGCGGCUCGCUUGACCUCCACUUGAACGCGCUCACGGAGCGGGACAUGCGGCGGUGGAUUCAUGCCCUGCGCAAAGCAAUCGAGCACAGGCCGAUGACCCCCCCACGGCCCAUGCAUGUCGUCGCCACCCACGCCACGGUCGUGGCCAGCCACCUUCCCCACAUACAUUUCACGUUUGCCUCGAAAGCCGAGUUUGAAACGUUGCAGCUGGAAAGCCGAGGCGAUGCGCUCGUUGUGUCGAGCACGUCCGCCGCCGCGCCGUCCGUGCCCCUCGGCGCACAGCUGAUUCGCGUGCAGGGGGUAUCCCUAGGGCUCACGAUCGACGCCGCUCGGCUGCAGCUAGCCCGGGCAACGUACCCUCUCCAAUGCGAAUUCAUUUGUGCUCCUGCCAAGCGCGGAGAAAUGAUCAAACGGUCGAGGUCGUCGCGAACACUCACGUCGUGGAAGACUCGCGAGAUCGUCGUCGAGCAUGGUUGUCUCACGUAUAUCGCGUGGCACGAAGUCCGUGGGUCGUUUUCGCUGGCGGGGUGCUACCUGCAACUCCCAGACGUGCCGAACCGCCCGCACUGCAUCCUCGUCGGCCGGUCUCCCACAGAUAAACUCGUGCUUCAAGCGUCGUCCGACGACGAGCGAAUCUCGUGGGCGGCAACGUUGCAUUGCAGCAUCCUCAUGGCGAGCCACGGACUCAGCGUCGCGGGACUCGCCUCGAACGACCCUUUCUUUGUCUAAAUUAUCAAGAGUCUUGGAAUGUAUUCCAUCUUAUCGUCGGUGCUGUUCUUUGGCGGGCUGUCGCCGCGUCGGUGCCUUGAAGCCUCAGGACGAUGAGUCGGUCAUCCAUGGAAAUGCAUGGAGCUGCGUGAGCAUCCCACGACAUGCAAAUGAGCCGUGUCGAAGUGCCAAAUGCGCCUCAUGCCCACGGAGGCAGGCUUGCCGUGCUUGCCGACGUUGUCCAGUUCGGAAGUUUGCCUCGAUUGGGGUGUUGCUC